AUGAGUGUGCUGAAAGUGUCAAAGACAUGGAUAUGGCUUUGGGAGAGCCACUCAUAGAAAGAGCUCUUGGCGUUCAAUGGUGUGUGUCCUCUGAUGACUUCCAGUUCAGAGUGACCAUCAAGGAACAUCCAAAUACCAGAAGAGGAGUACUUUCUACAGUAGCUUCCAUCUACGAUCCAUUGGGGUUCGUAGCGCCCUUUAUUCUACGUGGAAAGCAGAUCCUACAACAACUCUGUAGAGACAAAGUAACUUGGGAUGAGGAGCUCCCACUAGAGCUAAGAGCACAAUGGGAAAUCUGGCUACAAGAUCUUCGAAACUUAUCUAAUGUAAGGAUCAAAAGAUGUUAUAUCCCAGAUAGCUUCAAAGAUGUCAAGCAGUACGAACUUCACCACUUCUCCGAUGCAAGUGUCACCGGUUAUGGGGAAUGUACUUACCUCAGAGCAGUCGAUGUCAAGGGAGAUGUUCACUGCACACUAGUCAUGGGAAAAGCACGGGUUGCUCCUACCAAAGUAACCACAGUGCCACGGCUUGAGUUGACGGCUGCAGUUGUAGCAGCAAAAACGAGUGUUAUGCUCAGAAAUGAGCUUGAAAUAGAGGGUCUUCAAGAACAUUUUUGGACUGACUCAAAGGUCGUUCUCGGCUACAUAAACAAUGAUGCCAGACGGUUUCAUGUGUUUGUAGCGAACAGAAUCCAAAGAAUCAAGUCCACUACAGAUCCUGCACAAUGGCACUUUGUAAGGUCUGAAGAUAAUCCUGCGGAUCACGCGUCGAGAGGUCUCUCCGCAGAUCAGCUUGUUGCUUCAAAUUGGUUCACUGGCCCAGAUUUUUUAUGGGAAAGAGAUCUACCCAGAAGAGAUGUUAUGGUGGGAGAAGUCUAUGAUGAUGAUCCUGAACUUAGAAAGGCCCUGGUGCUCACCACCAAGUUGAUGGAGGAGAGGUCAUUGUUAGAUCGCUUAACAAAGUUCUCUGACUGGAAAAGAGCUGUGAAGGCUAUUGCCUUUCUAAAGCGCCAUGCUAAGCAGAUCAAGGGCAUCAAAGAGAAAGUAAGUGGAUCUACAAGUAUUGAGGAAAGAAAGGAAGCAGAGCUGUUUAUAAUCAAGUUGGUUCAGAGGGAAGCAUUCAACAGUGAAAUCAGAAGUAUAAAGCAAGGCAAGGAAGUAAACCCUAAAGACAAAGUAAACAAACUAUACAAACUGAGUCCGUUUGUAGAUGAACAUGAUGUGCUUAGGGUUGGAGGACGUUUGAUAAGAUCUGUUCUUCAUCCUCAUGUCAAGCAUCCUGCCAUUGUGCCAAAUAGGAGUCAUGUAUCGUCGUUGCUAAUCAAACACUACCAUGAAAAGGUGCGUCAUCAAGGAAGAGGAAUAACUGCAAAUGAAUUGCGAUCCAAUGGAGUAUGGGUAAUAGGAUGCAGCAGUGCAGUUGCCUCACAUAUUCACAAGUGCACAACAUGCAGAAGGUACAGAAGGAGCACACAAGAUCCAAAAAUGGCAGAUUUGCCAGAAGAAAGAAUGGAAAUGACACCUCCUUUCACAUAUUGUGGUAUAGACUGCUUUGGACCGUUCUAUGUGAAGGAAGCAAGGAAAGAACUGAAGAAGUAUGGUCUUAUUUUCACCUGUAUGUGCUCUAGAGCCAUACAUAUUGAAAUGCUUGAUGAUCUCACUACAGAUGCUUUUAUCAAUGCAUUGCGUGGAUUCAUCGCCAUACGCGGCCAUGUGAGACAGUUGAGAUGUGAUCAAGGCACUAACUUCGUAGGUGCAAGAGGAGAGUUCAUGAAGGCAAUGAAGGAUUUGGAUCAUGAACAGUUAAAGAAAUAUGGAUGUGAGUUCAUAAUGAACUUCCCUUCAGCAAGCCAUAUGGGAGGCGUAUGGGAGAGGCAAAUAAGGACGAUCAGAAGUGUCUUGACCGUAAUCCUCGACCAGUCUGCUAAACGACUCGACAGUGCCUCACUCAGAACCUUUCUGUAUGAAGUAAUGGCUAUUAUAAAUAGCAGACCUCUGACAAUCGAGCAUUUGAAUGACCCAACAAGCCUUGAACCUCUCACCCCCAAUCACAUUCUCAUGAUGAAGUCAAACAUAAUAUUCCCACCUCCUGGUGAGUUUGUGAGUCCAGAUCUAUACUUGCGCAAGAGAUGGCGCCAGGUGCAGUUCUUGGCGAACGAAUUUUGGACAAGGUGGAAGAAGGAGUAUCUCCUUAAUCUUCAGCAAAGGCAAAUGUGGCAGAAAGAAAAAAGAAAUACAAAGGUUAAUGACAUUGUCAUCCUGCAGGAGGACAGUUCUCCACGUAACCAAUGGAGAUUGGCAAGGGUGACAGAGGUGUAUCCGAGCACUGAUGGAAUAGUUCGAAAGGUGAAAUUGUUGAUCAGUGACUCGACCUUAGACAGCCAGGGAAGACGCAUUACCAAGCCAGUCUACCUUGAUAGGCCUGUACAAAAGACAGUUGUAUUGCUUGAAGCAGAGUAAAGGUUAUGGUUGCCAUUUCAUAAAUACAGUAUUUUAUGUUACUGUAAGUUUAAGGGCAUACUGUAUGGUUGAAAUUAAAGUGUGAAAGGGUUUAAAUUGUGAGGUGAAAUGACAAAAUAGUCAUUUGGUGGGAGUAUAAAUGUCAUACAUAUUAUUUCUGUUAUUUAACAUGUUUGUUUAAUUUGUUAAGUCUUUUCAUGAAUAAUGAGUACUGACGUUAACGAGGAACUAACGAGUUUGCGUUGCACACGGACAUUUUUUCAGGUGCAACAGGAAAGGUUCUGGUGAGAAGUUAUUUCUCUGUUCGUGUAUUAAAAGAGUUACGUGUACUAUAAGACUUGCUCGUAUUUGAGCAAAUAACUAAAGAUGUUUUUUCCAUUUGUGUUUUUAAGCAAAGGAUUAAGGAAGAUGUGUCUCAUUUUUGUGUUUUGAACGGGUAUUUCAAGGGAACUCAUUCCCUCUUGGUUAUGUGCAGCCAGCGAGUUUGACGGUGGUUUUCAUUGCCGGUUAAUGUGAUGACGGAGAAAUGGAUGACAAGGCAAUAAAUCCAUCAGUAAUCAGAACAACGGUGUCGUUUAUUUCCUGGAGGGAG